AUGAUCGAUCGAUCGACAGGGGAAUCUCCCAAACAGGAAAUCAUCGUGGCUCCCCCUCCGCUGAUAAAAGUCCGACCCCCUUUGUCACACCGUGCAAAAUGUUUUCUUUUGAUUUGGGGUUUCAAAGUCGCUGCGAAAACACUGUUUCCCUUAAUCAGGUUGAUUGAACCGCCGGAGCCUGAAACUCGCCCAACAUUAGUCAAAAAAUAUCCAUGCCGACCGCAUCUUGAGUGCCGAAUCUUCUUUCCACCCAACUAUGAGUCUGGAAAGAGUCUCCCAGUGUAUCUCAACGUACAUGGUGGGGGUUUCGCUGUUUGCGACGCACAGAUGGACGAUAGAUUCUCUUCAUCUUGGGCCAAGCGCACGGGAAUGUUGGUCGUAGCCUUGAACUACCGGAAGGCUCCCAGGCAUCCUUUCCCAGUCGCCACUGGGGAUAUCCACGCCAUUACGCUUGCUGUUCUGGCAGAUGAGAGUUUACCCAUUGAUCUUGAUCGCGUGUCAAUGGGUGGAUUCAGUGCUGGAGGCCAACUGGCCUUGUCGGCAUCACAGCUUCCAGGUCUGAAAGGCGUUGUCAAGGCCGCUAUUACCUAUUAUCCCAUUGUUGACUUCAGUCAUCCGACGGAUGAAAAGCUGGAGGCUCGGCCCUAUACGGACGGGCCAAAAGAUAAACUUGCGGGGCCGUCAAACUGGGUUGAUUGGGCAUUUGUUUGUCCUGGAGCCAACAGACGUGACCCAUUGCUCAGUCCCUACUUCGCAAAUAGGGAGGACCUCCCUCCUUGGGUAUACAUCGUCGGUGCGCAAUGGGAUAUGUUGCGACUGGAAGCACAACAAAUGAUCCAUAAAUUGGCAGGAAAUGAGAGCAAGGACCAGGAGGAAGAUUUUGAGAUCGGGAACUACAAAUGGACACUUGCCAAAGGAUGUUCACAUGGGUUUACUCACGACUUUCGAGACUCGGAGGAGUCGAAAAAGGUGCAGGCGACAGCCGAGCGGAUAUUUGACGAAGCCCAUCAGUGGUUGAAGAAGAGCGUUUUGGUAUGA